AUGUUUGAUUGGUUCUCGAUCCUCCAUAUUUUCACAAUCUUAAAGACCCUUUUGUCUUCACAACGUGGAUUGUUUGGAAAGAUCUUUGCGUAUGUGUUGGUCCUUCUGAUCAAUACUUUUGGCAAGGUUGAGAGUAGAGGUCUACGGGAAGAAAUCAUUCGGAUUGCUGCUGUCACCUUGAUUCUGGAGAUUGCAGAUCAAAAGAAAGAUUUCCAAGGCCACAUGCCUGUCUCAGCGAUCCAACUGCCCGAAAAUUUCGAGCAGCAGAUUCAUUCAGCCUUACAGAUCAUGGCUCUGAUCGUGGCGGGCGAGGACCAUCAGAUCGAAGGGGAUUGUUGCAGGUUCAGUGCAAGUCCAGCUGCUGUGAUCAUGGCUUCGGGUCUUGUUCGUGCCAUGGCAACUCUGGUUGCAGCUGCGAUGGAUGAGAACGAGUACCUUACUUGCAUGCAAGUGUUGAGAGGUCAACUCCUCGCAUUACCUGGGGUCAGCUUUCAUGCAUGGGCGAUGUGGGUGAUAUGGCCUGGCAAGCAAGCGGGAACGAAGCGUUCAGCAGUAGAUCUUGCCAACAUGUAUCAAGAGCAUCGACAUGAAGUGAAGCGGAGACAGGAUGAAACCAGACGGUUGCAAAAUACCAUCAAGGACUUGAGGGCAGAGAAUCAGACUCUCAGGAUCACAAACAGAAACCUUACAGAACGCAUAAACGAGCUUCUAGCUCAGGGCCAUGGUAGAGUGGACACAAACGCAUCUAUGGCUGGGGACAAUCAUGAUUGCCUAGGCACACUGGGAAAGCAAUUUUGUAAAUGUGAAGGGAAAGCUGAGCGCUUGAAAUCUCUGGCGGAAAGAUUUCCUCCAUACCUGUAA